AUGACAUCGCGAGAAGAUAGUGUUCUGGCCGCCAGAAACCCGUCUCUAACGGACGAGAACGAUUGGGAAGAGUUCAGUCUCGCCGAGGUCAGAGUCCUGGUCCCCGGCAAAUCGCGUUAUGCCAACCUACUCGCGGCUUCCGAAGACAAUCCGGUCCAGGUAACCGGAACCCUGGAGGAGGUGGAGGAAGAACAGGAGAAGCUAGUUCUCGAUCCCGACUACUUAACGAAACGCAUUGUUCUCGAGAAUGUGACGCAUUACGCCUACGGACAACAUAAUGACGGCGAGGUGGGAUUCUGGGUCGCCGGGCGAGCCGGUUGGUUCUCCAUCUCUCCUGCGAGGGGUUACCGGCCCAUGUUCAAUGAUGUCGUCGAGGCCAUCGAUCUAUUCUACUUCCUAGCCGAUCGGCAUCAAUCCAAGCGUCGCAAGGGAAAGAACUGGAACCCCAGCGUCGAAUAUCUUUGCGAGGAGUACGUGAAUCAUACUCAUGGGAUCUGCGAGGAUGCCGACGAUUCAGCCGAAGUUUUCUACAAACACCACACCUUUCUCCUAUCCCGGAUGCUGAAGGGCGAAGAAGGGGUUCAAUGGACCAGCACCAGUAUAUUUGAGCAUCUUUGCGAAAAGUUCCCGGAAUCGUAUGAACAGAUCAAAACCCAGCAGGAACCACAACAAGAAGAAGACUCGGCCGGCGACGGCGCAAAUGGAGAAGAAGUUAAAAAGGACAAGAAGAAGUCAGGAAAGAAGACCCACUCUCUGGAUCCCACGGUGGUCCCCAAAGCCCAAGCAGAUACGGUUUAUCAGGUCAUUUUGGAUUUAAAGGAGGCAGGUCAUUUGGCCAAGCGUCAGCUCAAUCUCGAUCUCGUGGCCUCAACUCUGGUAGAGCAGUAUGAGGUUGACAGCGUAGAAUAUGCGCAAGACCUCAUCGCGUCCAGAGCGGACAUCGUCCUCGAGUUGAUGGAUGAAGCCAAGACGUCUAAUUUCGACUGGUCCCGCAAGGCAAUCUACCGGGAGCUGAAGUCUGCCUCCGAGAAGAAUGGCCUAGAGCACGUGGCUCUGACUCCGUUGCGGCCUCGUUCUACGAAAGAUGAGUCUCCCGAGGAAGAUAGCGAUGAUGAAAAAGAGAAUGAGAAUGAGAACGAGAACGAGGAAGAUCAGCCCAAGCAGCGGAAACGUCGAGUCCGGAAAUCUGUUUUGCGACCCAAGAGCUCCGUCGCUACCAAGCAAACCGGCAAGCGAACGAGGAACGUUGCCACCGAUCAAGAAGAUGUAUCCGACAACAACAUGGAUAUCGUGGAGGAUUUCGAAACCCCGAGCAAAGUCCGUGGUCACGAUCUAGUCCGCGAUCCUUUGUCCACUCGUGCAAAACGCCGAACCCGCUCCAUCCUCUCCGACUCCGAAUCGACCCUAUUCCAUAAAACGCCCUUACAAGAAACUCUCCAGAGCCGAAACACUUCCGUCUCCCUGGCCGACCAAGACGUAUCUGACGCGGAAAUACCCAACGGGGACGAUGUAUCGUCCGACACGUGGACGUGCCAAGUCCGAGGUUGCGAUAAAGUCAUCUACAAAAGCAGCACCAAACGAGGCAAAGAAUUGAUUCAGGAUCACUCAUUGGCGCAUGCUGAUGACACAAAGGCUAAAGUCGACCUGGUUUUCUCCGAGCAGCGCCUGAACAUCGGCCUUAGCGUCGAUCAUCUUCUCAGUCAUAUUCAGGGCAUGGGGACGCUGAGCGAGCUUCCAAAUCUGAGCGGCCGAGCGGACGGAACGAUCGAGACGAAUGGGAAUCAUGACACCAACGGAAUCGGGGCAUAA